ACAACAACCCAGACCCCUUACCCCUCUACCCACACCCUUCUCACAACGGCUCAGCAGCGGCACACAGUAGCGACACCGGCUCAGCAGCGACACCGGCUCAGCAGCGGCACACAGUGGCGAUCAACACAGCAGCGACACCAACGGCGUUCACCAAGCUCAGCCCAGGUACCUCCCUCUCCCCCUUUCACGACCUGAAGUGGCCUGCCCAG